AUGCCGUCCGCGGACCGCCCCUGCACUGCUGCACAACGCAUGGCGCCAGCCCGCACGACCGCAGGCCGCACGGCGCACGCACGGCCGCAGCCUGCACGCCGCGCGGACACCCGCCCGGCGCCCGCCGCGCUCACGGCCGCAGCCUGGCCGCCGCGUGCGCGCCCGCUCGGCGCCCGCCGCGCUCAUGGCUGCAGCCUGGCCCGCCACGCUCAUGGCCGCCGCGCCCGCCUGCCCGCUGCGCUCCCGACCGCCACGCUCGCCUUCCGCCCUCGCGAGUCGCAGCCGCCCGACGCUUGCCCUUUUGCGCACGGCGCGCCUACCCGCCCGACGCCCGUCGCGGUCGCCGCGCUCGCGCCCCGCCUGCCCGCCUGGCCGCCCGACGCCCCGUCUGCCCACCUGGCCGCCCGACGCCCCGCCUGCCCUGCCCGCCGCCGCAACACGCACACGCCCAAACAACCAAACUGA